GAAUUGUUUAUAUUGUAAUCGCAGGAUCCUGUCAGGUUAUGACUUUCUGUCAUCUUGCAGAAGGAAGAGUGGGGGAACGAAUCAUUUUUAGCGCCAUCUGCCUUGCGAAUUAUAAUCUGUCACGAGAUUAGGUUCGUUCGAAAAUCUUACCGUAAAGUAAAAUUUUUAAUAACUAAGAUUUUCGAACGUACCUAUGGUGCUUUGGAGUUUGUGUCGAAGUUUGCAAUGAUUUACGACGUUAUAAUUGAAUUAAUUGUAUAUUCUUAAUAUGACAUCAUCGGUGGGACACAGAAUUUUCAUAAAAUUAUGCAGAAGCCGCUUGUCACCGCGAAUUUUCGUCACAAGAUUCAGCAGUGCAGCUGUCGAGGAAGAUGCGAAAAAUGUCAUUCCGGCUUUGCAGCCGGGAAAAAUUCAAGCUGCAUUAUUGAAGGAUUUCUCUAGUCCUCUCGUUAUAGAGAAUCUGGAGCCGCCACAGAAUGUACAAUCGAAUGAAGUUCUUAUCGAUGUUCAUUAUUGUGCUUUGAACACUGCUGACGCACUGCUCAGUAAAAAUUUGUAUACAUUUGAACCAAAAUUACCAACGAUUCUUGGUUAUGAAGUAGUUGGAAAACUGGUUGAAGUUGGCGAGGAAGCAGAGAAAAAUGGCUAUAAAAUUGGGGAUAAAGUCGUUGCUCUUAACAAGGAAAAAUAUGGAGGUUUGACUGAGAAAUGCCUGGCAGAAAUUGGGGAUAUAUGGAAGGUACCCUCUGCGAUCAAUUCUAUAGAUGCUGUGAGCAUCUUAGACAACUAUGUUACUGCAUUGAUUGCGCUAGAGAGAAAAGUCAGUAUAGAUGAGAAUGACAUGAUCUUAAUAAAUGUUGGUGUAAGCGGCAUUAGUCUGGCAGCAAUAGAUCUUGCGACAAAUGUCUUUAGAGCAAAGGUCAUUGGGGUGUGUGCAACUGAAGAUGGAGCAGAUCUGGCUCGGAAGAAAGGAGCAUUUGCAUCUCUCAAGUACAAAGAUAAGAAGUUGUUAAAGCAAAUAGAGGAAAUCGCAGCCGAACGAGACAUCCAAGUUAUCUUUGAUGAUAUAGAUGGAGAACACUUAAAGAAAGAGUUGGAUUGUUUUACCGAUGUCUACAAAGAUGCAACACUAAAGGACUUGCUGCGCGAUGACAAUUUCGCUGUGGUGGUGCAUCAUUUGUCUCGCGAAGGGCGCUUAAUCAUAGCUGGUACAGCGACAACGGUGACGAAUGCUCAUUCGGAGGUGCAAAAGGGUUCCUUCAGUGUUACCGGUUUUAAUCUCGCAGAAUACAAAAAGAGAAAACCUGACGUAUAUCGCCAAGCAGGAGAUGAGGUUUUACAAUUCCUUGAAGAAGGGCUUAUUACACCAUCUUGCUUAUUGACUGUGGGUUUACAUAAAGUCAAUGAGGCUUUGCGAUUUGUUUCCGAAAGUAAAUCUUCAGGAAAAGUUGUAGUCGACAUCAGGAAUAAGGAAGCUGAUGCAGUAAAAGUAACGAAAUAAAUAAAUUUAUAUGCACAGUGAUGUAUAUUUUAUAUAUUUUAGGAUAAAUAUUAUUAUAUAAGUAGAAAAUGUUAAUAUAGUCAUUAAGAUUGUAUUAAUAAAACUUUAUUCUUUUUUAAUUUA